UUAUCUUUUUUUUUUCUUUUUUCCUUUUUUCUUUUUUAAAUUUUUAAUUACAUUUUUGUCGCCGCGAUGGGAUGUACCCUGAGCGCCGAGGAAAGAGCCGCCUUGGAGCGGAGCAAGGCCAUCGAGAAGAACCUUAAGGAGGACGGGAUCAGCGCUGCUAAAGAUGUGAAACUCCUCCUGCUCGGGGCCGGAGAGUCUGGGAAAAGCACCAUCGUGAAGCAGAUGAAGAUCAUCCAUGAGGAUGGCUUCUCUGGAGAGGACGUGAAGCAGUACAAGCCAGUGGUCUACAGCAACACUAUCCAGUCCCUGGCAGCUAUUGUCCGUGCCAUGGACACCCUGGGCAUCGAGUACGGCGACAAGGAGCGGAGGGCUGACGCCAAGAUGGUCUGCGACGUGGUGAGUCGGAUGGAGGACACAGAGCCCUUCUCUCCAGAGCUGCUCUCAGCUAUGAUGAGGCUCUGGGCAGACUCUGGCAUCCAGGAGUGCUUCAACAGGUCCCGGGAGUACCAGCUUAACGACUCGGCCCAGUACUACCUAGACAGCUUAGAUCGAAUUGGAGCUGCAGACUACCAGCCCACGGAGCAGGACAUCCUCCGAACCAGGGUGAAAACAACUGGCAUCGUAGAAACCCACUUCACAUUCAAAAACCUCCACUUCAGGCUCUUUGACGUCGGGGGCCAGCGGUCAGAGCGCAAGAAGUGGAUCCACUGCUUCGAGGACGUCACAGCCAUCAUCUUCUGCGUGGCGCUGAGCGGCUACGACCAGGUGCUGCACGAAGAUGAGACCACGAACCGCAUGCACGAGUCUCUCAUGCUCUUCGACUCCAUCUGUAACAACAAAUUCUUCAUCGAUACCUCCAUCAUCCUCUUCCUCAACAAGAAAGACCUAUUUGCUGAGAAGAUCAAGAAAUCUCCUCUGACCAUCUGCUUCCCUGAAUAUGCAGGUCCCAACACCUACGAGGACGCGGCCGCCUACAUCCAAGCACAAUUCGAGAGCAAAAACCGCUCCCCCAACAAGGAGAUCUACUGCCACAUGACCUGUGCCACGGACACGAACAACAUCCAGGUGGUGUUCGACGCCGUCACCGACAUCAUCAUUGCCAACAACCUGCGGGGCUGCGGCUUGUACUGAGCCCCUCCUCUCCCCUCCCUUCCCUUCCCCCCCCGCCUCCCAACCUCACCCCCACCACCACCCCCCUCACAUCCCCACCCAAACACCCCCUCCACCGGCGCCCAGCCACUGCCCUGGUGGUGAUGAUUUGCCAGCGCCAGGAGAGAAGAGAAAUAAAUAAGAUUUCAAGCAAACAAACAAAAUAAAUAAGUAAAUAAAUAAGGAGAAGAAUUAAGGGGGGGAGGGGGGGAAGAAUA